AUGUGUGUAUUACAGGAUUUUGAAGCAUUAACGCCGAACUUAUUAGCUCGUACAAUCGAAACCGUUGAAGGUGGCGGUUUAGUCAUUUUACUUUUACGUUCAAUGAAAUCAUUAAAGCAAUUGUAUACAAUGACAAUGGAUAUUCACUCACGUUAUCGUACAGAAAGUCAUUCAGAUUUAGUUGGCCGAUUUAAUGAACGUUUUAUUUUAAGUUUAUCAUCUUGUCAAACAUGUAUCGUUGUUGAUGAUCAAUUAAACUUAUUACCUGUUUCAUCAUCUGUUUUAAAUAUUCAAUCGAUACCAGCAAAAACGGAAGAAAAUAGUCUUACGCCAAAUCAAAUUGAAUUAAAAAAAUUAUGUGAUUCAUUAAAAGAUACUCAACCAGUUGGUUCAAUUAUCGAAUGUUGCAAAACAUUUGAUCAAGCUAAAAUUGUAUUGAAAUUUAUCGAUUUAAUAACUGAUAAAAGUCUUCGUCAUACUGCUGUACUGACAGCAGCACGUGGUAGAGGAAAAUCAGCUGCACUUGGUUUAGCGAUGUCAGCAGCAAUUGGAUUUGGUUAUUCCAAUAUUUACGUUACAUCACCAAGUCCAGAAAAUUUGAAAACAUUAUUUGAAUUUAUUUUCAAAGGUUUUGAUUCAAUGGAUUAUCAAGAACAUAUUGAUUAUGAUACAAUACAAUCAACAAAUAGUGAAUUUAAUAAAGCUAUAAUAAGAGUUAAUAUAUUUCGACAACAUCGACAAACCAUACAGUAUAUUCAUCCAUCUGACUCGGCAAAAUUAGGGCAAUGUGAAUUGUUAGUUAUUGAUGAAGCAGCUGCAAUACCAUUACCAUUGGUUAAAAAUUUAUUAGGACCAUAUCUCGUGUUUCUUUCAUCAACAAUUAAUGGUUAUGAAGAACAGUUAAGACAACAGAGCACAUCGUUUUCCUCUUCAACAAUAUCACAUAGUGUUGAUCUUGGAAAACAAUCUCAAACGACAACAACAGCAUCUGGCCGCACUUUAACCGAAUUAGAAUUAAACGAGCCUAUACGUUAUGGACUAGACGAUCCUGUUGAAUAUUGGUUAAAUAAUUUAUUAUGUUUGAAUUGUUGUCAAGAUCCAUUUAAAAGUGGAUUGAAUCUAUCGAAAUUGGCAAUAAUUCGUGGUUCAUGCCCAUCGUUAGAUCAAUGUUCACUAUAUUAUAUUAAUCGUGAUACGUUAUUUUCUUAUCAUUCGGCAUCUGAAGCAUUUCUCAAACGUUUAAUUUAUUUAUUUGUCUCUUCUCAUUAUAAAAAUUCACCUAAUGAUUUACAAUUGUUGUCUGAUGCACCAGCACAUGAUUUAUAUUGUUUAUUAGGACCAAUUGAUUCAUCAGCAAAUAAUUUACCCGACAUUCUAUGUGCUAUACAAGUGUGUUUUGAAGGUGAAUUAAAUAAAGAUGUUAUAAAAACACAAUUACAACAUGGAAAACGGGCAUCUGGUGAUCUUAUACCAUGGACAAUAACACAAGAAUAUCAAGAUUAUAAUUUUGGAAAAUUAUCUGGUGUAAGAAUAGUAAGAAUAGCCACAAAUCCUGAUUAUCAACGAAUGGGUUAUGGUACAAAAGCUUUAGAAUUGUUAGAAAAAUAUUUUCAAGGAUACAUCACAAAUUUAGAUGAAGAUAAUGAACAGAAAUCAUCGAAUAACGCCGAUGAAAUUGAAUUAAUUAAUGAUGAUGAUAUAACGUUAUUAAAUGAAACAAUUGUUCCUCGUACAAAUUUACCACCAUUAUUAACAAAAUUACAAGAACGUAAACCAGAACAAAUAGAUUAUAUGGGUGUAUCAUUCGGAUUAACAUCUGAUUUAUUAAAAUUUUGGAAAAAAAAUGCUUUUAUUCCCGUCUAUUUGAGACAGGCAGUAUCAGAUUUGACCGGUGAACAUUCCUGUAUUAUGUUAAAAGUAUUACAUGAAGAAAAACAUGAUAAAGGCUCAUCAUCGUGGUUAUAUUCAUAUUAUCAAGAUUUUCGUCGACGUUUUCUAUCGCUAUUAAGCUUUCAAUUUCGAACAUUUUUACCGGGAAUGGCGUUAAAUAUUUUACAACAAACUAUCUAUCCUGAACAAAAAAACGCUUUUACAACAUCUUUGCUCUAUCAAAAUUUUAUUGAUUAUGAUUUAAAACGUAUGGAAGCUUAUUCUCGAAAUUUAGUUGAUUAUCAUUUAAUUAUUGAUUUAAUACCAUCAAUUGCUCAAUUAUACUAUUCAAACAAAUUGCAAAUACAACUGAAUGUUAUACAAAUGGCUAUACUUGUAGCAAUAGGUUUACAACGUAAAACAAUUGAAAAUUUAGAACAAGAAUUAAAUUUACCACAAUCUCAACUGUUAGCUUUGUUUAACAAAAUAAUUAAAAAAACAAUUGAGGUAAUUAAUACAACACAAGAAGCCGAAUUAGACGUAGGAUUUGUCAAAUCUCUUAAUACAAGCAAUUCAAUGCAACCGUUAGAUAAAUCAUUACAACAAGAAUUGAAAGAAGUUACUGCAACAAUUCGGGAACGUCAAAGUACAGAAUUAGAUCGUAUUAUGGAAAAAGAUUUGGCACAAUAUAGUGUUAAAGGACAUGAAAGUUUAUGGCAACAAGAAUUGAAGAAUGUGGCUGAUAAACCCGGCGUUGUUUCUAUACCAAGAACAUUAGCUAAACGAAAAGAUACAGAAAUUGAAAGCCAUUUCAAAGAUGCAACAGUAUCAAAAAAACAUAAAAAGAAGAAAAUUGGCAUGAACAACAAAAAGUUUUGA